ACUCUACUACCACUAGUAUAUUAAAGGGUGAAAGUGAACGCUUCUUGUUCACCCCCUUAUUCUUUACUUGAGCCUCGAGCAACUCAAAGGAAAAUGGCGCGAAUUUCUCGCCACCUCCCGGCAACAAUUUUCCCGUCAUUCUCCACCGCCCUCCUCCUCUUCCUCCUCUUUGUUUCCAACAACCUCCGCCACUGCGCUGCACGCGGCCAUGACUACCACGACGCCCUCCGCAAGAGCAUUCUUUUCUUCGAGGGCCAACGCUCUGGCAGACUUCCUCCGGACCAACGCAUCCGCUGGCGGAAAGACUCCGCAUUACACGACGGAGCCUCCGCCGGAGUGGAUUUGACAGGAGGGUACUAUGAUGCCGGCGAUAACGUAAAAUUCGGCUUCCCAAUGGCAUUCACCACCACAAUGUUGUCAUGGAGCAUCAUCGACUUCGGAAGAAACAUGGGUGGUGGAGAGCUAGGAAAUGCAGUGAGGGCAGUGAAAUGGGGCACCGAUUAUUUGCUCAAGGCCACCGCACAUGACGGCGUCGUCUACGUACAGGUUGGCGACCCCUUGUCGGACCAUAACUGCUGGGAAAGGCCAGAAGAUAUGGACACACUGAGGACAGCGUACAAGAUUGAUGCCAACCACCCGGGGUCCGACGUCGCGGGGGAAACCGCCGCUGCUCUCGCUGCCGCCUCCAUUGUUUUCCGCUCACGUGACCCCUCCUACUCUAGGCUUCUGCUAAAUCGUGCCAUUAAAGUAUUUGAGUUCGCAGACAGGCACCGGGGUGCCUACAGUAACAGCCUACGCUAUGCCGUCUGCCCUUUCUACUGUGACGUCAAUGGUUACCAGGACGAAUUGCUGUGGGGAGCGGCGUGGCUGCACAAGGCAUCGCGGAGGCGGGAAUACAGAGAGUACAUAGUGAGGAACGAGGUGGUUUUGAGAGCUGGAGAUACCAUUAAUGAAUUCGGUUGGGAUAACAAACACGCUGGCAUUAAUGUGCUCCUUUCCAAGGAAGUUUUAAUGGGAAGAGCCAACGAUUUAAAAUCCUUCCAAAUAAACGCGGAUGGUUUUAUCUGUUCCUUGUUGCCUGGAAUUUCUCAUACUCAGGUUCAGUAUUCCCCAGGGGGACUGAUCUUCAAGGCUGGAGGAAGUAACAUGCAGCAUGUCACAUCCCUCUCCUUUCUGCUCCUUGCUUAUUCUAAUUAUCUAAGCCACGCCAAUCACGCUGUGGCAUGUGGAGCCGACUCCUCUGCUUCCCCUGCUCUCCUCAAACGCUUGGCCAGGCGUCAGGUGGACUACAUUCUGGGGGAUAAUCCAUUGGGAAUUUCGUACAUGGUGGGGUAUGGGCCACGCUAUCCACAAAGAAUCCACCACAGGGGGAGUUCAUUACCAUCUCUGGAUGCCCACCCAACCCACAUCGGCUGCAAAGCUGGCUCUCGUUACUUUCUCAGUCCAAACCCAAACCCCAAUGUAUUAGUUGGAGCAGUCGUAGGUGGCCCAAACAGCUCCGAUGCUUUCCCGGAUUCCAGGCCUUUCUUUCAGGAGUCAGAGCCCACCACAUACAUCAAUGCACCAUUAGUGGGCCUGCUCGCCUACUUUUCAGCCCAUCCUUGACUCACCCUGAGUCACCCUUCAAAAAUUUAAGUAGAGUGGUUGGCAAAGGUCACCCUCUCUAUUCCUAUUAUUAUAAUUAUCUAUCAUAUAAUAUACCCUUACACAAAUAAUUAUUUAUUACUAGUAUUAUUAUUAUUAUUAUGGGUAAUUGUAUUCUGAGUGGUGUUCCCGGCUGUUUUAUCCAACUGAUAUAUGUAGGUGGAUGGCUGCUUUAAUUUAUGUGGUCGAAUUAAUUCAUCGAGGGAGGUAUUAGUUGUAAUCAUGUUUCAUUAAUUAAUUUGAGGUCGGAUUCUAUAUCUAUGUCUCCCUCAA